AGAGGCUGAGAGUGUGAAGCCACACAGUUUAUUUAUUCUCUGACCUCAGAUCAUCAAGCAGCAGCAUGGAGGAAACAUCUCUACUGAGGCUGAUCUCUCUGAUCUCUCUGCUGAGCUGCRGCACAGCUGCUCUGACUGUGAGUCCCAGCAGAUCUCAGUUCUUUGAAKRWGAAUCAGUGACUCUGAUCUGUGAGGAUGRAAACAUCUCUGAUGGAGGRACUGUGAGGAGAAACACAAGCAGAGGAACCAGGAAGCCAUGUGGAGAUGGAUGGGGGAGGAAAGACGGAUCUACCUGCARCAUCAGUUAUGUUUUAGAAARGGACUCUGGUGUGUACUGGUGUGAGUCCACAUCUGGAUCCUCCCCCAGCAGCAGCAGCAGCAUCCAGCUCUCUGUCUCUGGUGGAUCAGUGAUCCUGCAGAGUCCUGUCCUCCCUGUGAUGGAGGGAGAUGACGUCACUCUGAGCUGCAGAGCAAAGAGUCCAGCCCACAACCUCCCAGCUGCUUUCUAUAAAGAUGGCUCCUUCAUUGGUGAUGGACCAUCAGGUCACAUGACCCUCCUCCAUGUCUCCAGCUCUGAUGAAGGCCUCUACCAGUGCAGCAUCAGCGGUCAGGAUGGAGAGUCUCCAUCCAGCUGGAUCUGGGUCAAAGAAAAAUCUCCAACUUUAGCUCCGCCCACUUCUCCACCUCCUGCCUCCUCGUCCCUCCUGGUCAGGCUGCUCUGCCACCUGCUGGUCUUCUGUCCGUACUGCAUCUCCUCUCUCCUCAUGGUGUCUUUAUAUCGAUGCAGAAGAUCAGGAAGUGACCUACCUGCCUUCGCUGAUCAAGGAUUGGAUGAUGAUUAUGAUGAUGUCACUACAGAGCAUCUCUUCUGAACUAUCAUCUGAUAG